AAAAUUAUAGUGUUUUGUUAAAGUGUCUGUAUGAUUUUUUUGAACUUUAGUUUCGUUCCUCAUGUAUAUAUUUUGGUUUUUUGAAUGUCGUAUUAUGAAUGUCGUAAUAUGUUUUAGUUGAUUUUGAUAUGCGUUUUGGUUUUCUCUUCUUUGUUGAAUCUUUGAAGUUUUGCCUGUGAACAACUGUUUUAUGUUGUUGCUGUUGUUUUUGUUUAAUAAUCUGGUUUUUGUGAAGAAUGUGUUUGUGCGAGGCGGCAUAUGCCUGUUCCGGCAGAAUUUUUGUUUUUUGAAACUGAAUUUAUGCCUAUUCCGGCAUACUUUCGUGACUUAAGUUAGUUUGUAUGUGUUUUGAUUUUUUGGUGUUUUUUUUUUUUGUUAAUAAUGUUGGUUUUUAUGAAAGUUUAUAUGUUUUCCUGAUUAUAAAGUUUAGUUUAAGAUUUUUGGUGUUUUUUUUGUUUAGUAACCUGUGUUUUCAUAAAGACUGUGUUUGUCUGAGGCAACAUAUACCGGGUCCGGCAGAGUUCUUGGUUUUUGAAACUGAAGUUAUGCCGGUUCCGGCAUAAAGUUAUGCCUGUUCCGGCAUAACUUCAUGAAUUAAGUUAAUUUAUGUGUGUCUUGAUUUUUUGGUGUUGUCUUGUUAAUAAUUUUGGUUUUUAUGCAAUCUUAUGUGUUUUUGGUGUUGUUUUGUUAAUAAUGUUGGCUUUUUAUGCAAUCUUAUGUGUUUUGGUUCUUUCUUCUAUUAUGCAGGUAUUUAUGUACCAGUCUAGGGGCUGAUUUUUUAUUAUGGUAUAUGUUAAUUAUUUUCAUUCUCAUUUUUGGUUUAUUCUUAUGUAAAUUCUUGGUUUCUGUUGACAUUAAUUUUUCUUUUAUAGGAGGAACAUCCCUUGGUUAAGUUUGAACACUGGGUUGAAGGAGGUGGCAUGUGGAGUGGUGAUUUUCAUUUUCGGAGUUUGAUUUUGUCCUUUUUGAGUGUCUCUCAAUUGGACUUGUUGAAAAAGGGUGUGUUUGGACAGUUUAUGGAUUUGGUUGAUGUCCACCUGAGUGAUAGUAUUUUCCAUUGCUUGAUCUUAUCGCAACUUUCAUCUAGUAAUGCUAGUGCGUUAAAGUUUAAGAUAUUUGAUCGCGUAUGUGUAUUUGAUUCCGAGUCUUUCCGUCUUAUUACUGGUUUGGAUUCUUGUGUUGGCGAUUUUAGUGUUGUGUCUAGCAGACCAAAUAGAUUGUUGAGACUUUAUUUUCCAAAUCAAGAUAGAAUAAGGUUAUGUGAUCUCAAGAGUUUCUUACAGAUCAAGUCAAGUAAUCGUACUGGUGGUUUUUGGGAAAGAUCUAGUGAUCCUGUUAGACUUGCUGAGGUCUAUAUAAUAGAGAGGGUUUUGUUGGGUUGUAACGAGAAAUGUAUUGUUAAAGGUCACCUAAUGAAGAUAAUUGAUGAUGACAGUCUUCGAGUGUCUUAUCCUUGGGGUUCUCUUAGUUUUGAUUGGUUGGUACAGUCGAUUCGUGGUUGUGUGAAGACUUUCAAGAGCAUGCCAUCUACACGUUAUAUGAUUAGUGGUUUCCCUUACGCUUUAAAUGUGUGGCUGUUGGAGGUUUUCCCUAUCUUUCGAGGGUUUUCAAGUUUUCAUGGUCUGAAGUCUCCUCGUAUGUUGUCUUGGGGUCCUUCAAAGCAAGUUGAUUAUAAAGUUAUUACUGAUAAUUUCUUCCAUGCUGAAAAAAGAUUCAAGAAAUUUAUUGUCCAUGCUGUUGUUGUUGGUACGGAACAAGAGAUGCUGGAUUAUCCAGUUGCACUUAAAUUUCCUGAUGAUUCAGGCCCUUGUUCUUCCCGUGCGGUUUCGCCAUCUCAAGUUACUUCUCAGAUAGUUGAUGUAAGUUGUACUUUGCCUUUUGUGUUUUUGGUUGUUUAACUAAAUUCUGAGUUAGAGGCCUUGUGGUAGAGUAUUUUAGUAGGAGACAUUUUUGUAGUCUUUUCUGUUUUGGUUAUGGAAAUUAAAGUUUAUGCCCCUUGAGGCAUACUUUUUGGUUUUGCAAACGUAGAAUCUUCCCCUUCCGGCAUACAUUUCUCCUUUCAUAUUUCAGUUCUGCCCCUACCGGCAUACAGUUCUCAUUUUGAGAAUAAUUUUAGUAGGUAACACAUUUUGCAGUCUUCUCUGUUUUGGUUUUGGAAAUGAAAGUUUAUGCCCCUUGAGGCAUACUUUUUGGUUUUGCAAACUUAAAAUCUGCCCCUUCCGGCAUACAUUUCUCCUUUCAUAUUUGAAUUCUGCCCCUACCGGCAAACUGUUUUCAUUUUCAGACUUCAGUUCUGCCGGGUCCGGCAUACUUGUUCAACAUUAAUUUAAUGACACCAAAAGUAAUGUGUUGUUUUAUUGAUCUGUUAUACAAGGUGUUUUGUCUAGUGUGAAGAAGCAACUUGAUGAUGAACGAUCUACAAUUAUCAAUCAAGUAAAGGUAUGGCUUUUUAUUUUUUUAUUUUUGAGUUUGUUAAUAUGAUAUGUAUACUUUGCAUACUGCAUUUGUUGUUUUUGUUUAUUCUGAUUUUCUUUUCUUCUUUGUUUAAUUUUUUUUUUAGUUGUUUUGUAGUCUUUGGAUAGCCGUUUUGAAGAAUUGGAUUAAAAUUUUGUUGGUGGGAUUAAUGCUGUGGAUAGAUUAGUUCGUGUACAUGAUGAAACAAAGUCAUGUGUAGCAGCUUCUGAAAGUGCUAAAAGAACUUGUUUAGAAAGUAGACUUGACAGUUUGGAAAGUAAAUUUGAUUAUGUGAUGCGUUGUGUUGAAAGUUUAGUUCGACUGCAUAGCAAAAACAAAUCUUGUAAAGCUUGUGCAUCUGAUAAAAGACAACCUGAUUUGGGUUAUUCAGUGAAUGAUGAGGUGAAGUUAGAUGCACAUCUUGGAAAAGAUUUGCAGGAAUGUAUGGAGAAUAUGCUUUGUAAAGCAAGGUCUACAAAAAAUGAGACGUCUCCCAUGCUCGAUAUGCUCUGUGAUGCUGCUGUUUCUUCAUCAAGUCAACUGUCUGAUAAAACUCAAACUCUUUCUCAGUUUGAAAAGGAAUUUGUGAAAGACAAUGAAGACCGCGCAAAAAAAAGAAGCACUUAAAGAAAUUGUUGCAAUUAAUAAUGCUUUUCAAUGUGGAGAUUAUGUGUUUUCUUCUAAUGAAGCAUCACAAAAUGUAAAUGAAGUAGCAGCUGUUGUUGAAGAUAGUAGAAAACGUCCGGGAUGCGAAGAUGGAAACAAAGAAGAUGAUGGUUAUCCUAAUUGGUAUUUGCUUACACCAAGCAAUACUCCAGUUGAGAAACGGUUGAGUUCUGUUGUUGAAGAUAUAUACUGUACUGCAGAAAAGUUAGGAAAGUGAAUUGAUUUUUUUGUUGUUAUUUACGGCAAGUGUUAUGUUAUUGUG